AGAAGCUCAGAGCCCUCCAUGCGGUGGGAUUUUUUCCUGGCUAAAAAAAUAAUUAAAAAAACCCCUCAAGCCUGACCUGAUUUUUUUUUUAUCCCUUCCUCUUCCUUUCUCCUCUUCCUCUAGCAGAGUCGGACUAUCCCAAUUGCAAAGGGGGAGAGAAGGGGGGAAAAACAACCACCAACCCCCGGCGCACCCCAUUCCCACUGCCCUUUGACAUGCAGCCUUCCUUGGGAUGGGACAAGCCGGGAUGCAGCUGUGGCUUCAGAAGGAAUUGGGGAAAACUGGGGAUCUUUGCUCUCAUGACGGUGGAAGUGAGCUCCUGGAGCCGGGUUCUGCUGCUUUCUGUGGGGCUGCUGGCUGUCUCAGCAACUGCCCAGAACUGCAGUCACAUUUUGCAGGGCCCGAACGGGACAAUACAGAGUCCAGGCUUUCCGUACGGAUAUCCAAAUUAUGCAAACUGCACGUGGACAAUCACUGCUGAAGAGCAGAACAGGAUACAGCUUGUUUUCCAGGCCUUUGCAUUAGAGGAAGAUUUUGAUGUAUUAUCUGUCUACGAUGGACUGCCUCAGCAGGGGAAUCUGAGAACAAGGUUAACGGGUUUCCAGCUGCCUGCUCCUAUUGUGAGUACAGGGUUUGUGCUGUCCUUGUGGCUUGUGAGCGAUUACGCGGUCAGUGCUCAAGGCUUCCAGGCAAACUAUGAAGUUCUACCAAGUCAUACGUGUGGAAACCCAGGAAGGCUGCAGAAUGGGAUCCAGCAAGGGACGACAUUCAGCAUUGGAGACAAAGUGAGAUACAGCUGCAACCCAGGCUAUUUUCUGGAAGGACAUGCGUUGCUCACGUGCCAUGCUAAUUCAGAAAACAGUGCCUCCUGGGAUUUUCCUCUACCCUUCUGCAGAGCUGAUGAUGCUUGUGGAGGGACGUUACGGGGACAGAGUGGAAUUAUCUCAAGCCCUCAUUUUCCUUUGGAGUAUGGCAAUAAUGCAGACUGCACGUGGACUAUUCUAGCUGAGCCUGGAGACACUAUUGCUCUGGUUUUCAUGGAUUUCCAACUGGAAGAUGGAUAUGACGUUUUAGAAGUUGCUGGAACCGAGGGAUCUUCGCUCUGGUUUACUGGAAUGAAUCUGCCUGCCCCGGUUAUCAGCAGUAAAAAUUGGCUGCGGCUUCACUUCACAUCAGAUGGCAACCACAGGCAAAAGGGGUUCAGUGCCCAAUAUCAAGUCAAAAAACAAGUUGAACUGAAGUCCAGAGGGGUGAAGCUAAUGCCCAGCAAGGACAAUAACCAGAAGACAUCAGUAUUAACUCAGGUUGGUGUGUCCCAGGGACAUAAUAUGUGUCCAGACCCUGGGAUUCCAGAGAGAGGCAAAAGAAUAGGCACCGAUUUUAGGUUAGGAUCCAGCAUCCAGUUCACCUGCAACGAGGGCUACGAUUUACAAGGGUCCAAAAGCAUCACCUGUAAGAGAGUGAGUGACAUAAUAGUUGCAUGGAGUGACCACAGGCCGGUGUGCAGAGCCAGGAUGUGUGAUAUGUACCUUCGUGGUCCCAGUGGUGUGAUCACUUCUCCCAACUAUCCCGUGCAAUACGAUAACAACGCAUACUGCGUGUGGGUCAUCACUGCGCUCAAUCCGGCCAAGGUUAUCAAACUCACCUUUGAAGAAUUUGAACUAGAAAGAGGAUAUGACACGCUAACAGUUGGUGAUGGAGGACAAGUCGGAGACCAGAAAACUGUGCUUUACGUCUUGACAGGUACCACGGUUCCUGAUCUCAUUGUCAGCACACACCACCAGAUGUGGCUCCUCUUCCAGACAGACAGUGUCAGCAACUUACUAGGAUUCAAAGCAACCUAUGAAGAGAUCGAGCAGGGCAGCUGCGGCGACCCGGGGGUGCCGGCCUACGGCAGGAGGGAAGGCUCCACCUUCCGCCACGGGGACAGCCUGAGGUUCGAGUGCCAGCCCGCCUUCGAGCUGAAGGGACAGAGAACGAUUACCUGCCAGAAGAGCAGCCAGUGGUCUGCUCAGAAACCAGUCUGUGUUUUUUCCUGCUUUUUCAACUUCACCACCCCGUCUGGGAUUGUGCUGUCACCAAAUUACCCUGAAGAAUAUGGGAGCAGCUUGCACUGUGUUUGGUUAAUUAUAGCUAAACCUGAAAGCAGAAUUCACUUGGCUUUCAAUGAUUUUGAUGUGGAGCCUCAGUUUGAUUUCCUAGCUGUGAAGGAUGGUGGGACUGCUGAAUCUCCGGUGCUGGGGACCUUCUCAGGAAACCAGAUCCCCUCUUCUCUGACCAGCAGUGGUCACGUUGCCAGGCUGGAGUUCCAGACCGACCACUCCAUGGAGAAAAGAGGCUUCAAUAUAACGUUCACCACAUUUAGGCAUAACGAAUGCCCUGACCCUGGAGUGCCUGUGAACGGAAAGCGAUUUGGUGACAGCCUCCAGCUGGGCAGCUCUGUGUCCUUCCUUUGCGACGAGGGCUUCAUCAGGACCCACGGCUCAGAAACCAUCACUUGCAUCCUGAAGGAAGGAAACGUGGUUUGGAACAACGCGGUGCUCAGAUGCGAAGCGCCGUGCGGGGGCCACCUCACGUCUCCCAGCGGGACCAUCCUGUCCCCCGGCUGGCCUGGAUUCUACAAGGACUCCCUGAACUGCGCCUGGGUCGUGGAAGCCCAGCCUGGCUACCCCAUCAAGAUCACGUUUGACAGAUUUAAGACUGAGGUGAAUUAUGACACCCUGGAAGUGCGAGAUGGCCGGUCCUAUUCUUCCCCGUUGAUAGGUGUCUAUGAUGGGACUCAGGUGCCCCAGUUCCUCAUCAGCACCAGCAACUACCUCUACCUCCUCUUCACCACUGACAAAAGCCACUCUGACAUAGGCUUUCAGAUCCGAUAUGAAACUGUGAAGCUCCAGUCCGACCAUUGUUUAGAUCCGGGGAUCCCUGUAAACGGGCACCGCCACGGCAAUGAUUUCUACGUGGGUGCACUGGUGACGUUCAGCUGCGAUUCAGGCUACACCCUAAGCGACAGCGAAGCCCUGGAGUGUGAGCCAAACUUCCAGUGGAGCCGGCCGCUGCCCAGCUGUGAGGCUCUAUGUGGAGGUUACAUUCGUGGUUCCAGUGGUACCAUCUUAUCCCCAGGCUUCCCUGAUUUCUAUCCCAACAACUUAAACUGCACGUGGACAAUAGAAACAUCACACGGGAAAGGUGUGUUCUUCACCUUCCAUACCUUCCACCUGGAGAACGGCCACGACUACCUGCUCAUCACCGAGAACAGCAGCUUCGCCCAGCCGCUCAAACAGCUCACCGGCUCUCGGCUGCCUGCCCCGCUUAGUGCAGGCCUCUUUGGAAACUUCUCCGCUCAAAUUCGCUUCAUCUCAGACUUCUCCAUGUCCUACGAGGGUUUCAACAUCACCUUCUCUGAGUAUGACCUGGAGCCCUGCGACGAGCCGGAGGUCCCAGCCUACAGCAUCCGGAAGGGGCUGCAGUUUGGCGUGGGGGACGUCCUCGCCUUCUCCUGCUUCCCCGGGUACCGCCUGGAGGGCGCCUCCCGCAUCACCUGCCUCGGCGGGAGACGGCGUGUGUGGAGUUCGCCUCUGCCAAGGUGUGUUGCUGAAUGUGGUUCAUCUGUAACUGGAACGCAAGGUGUUCUGCUGUCCCCCAACUACCCAAUAAAUUAUAACAACAACCAUGAAUGCAUCUACUCCAUCCAGACCCAGCCAGGAAAGGGGAUCCAGCUGAAAGCCAGGACUUUUGAACUGGAGGCAGGAGAUGUCCUCAAGGUGUACGACGGCAGCAAUAGCUCCGCUCGCCUGCUGGGUUCCUUUAGUCGCACCGAAAUGCUCGGCACCAGUAUAAACAGCACUUCCAGCACCAUGUGGCUCGAGUUUAUCACCAACAGCGAGAACACAAGUAAAGGCUUUGAACUGCAGUUUUCUAGUUUUGAACUCAUUAAAUGCGAGGACCCUGGCAUCCCACAGUUCGGCUACAAGGUCCAUGACGAAGGACAUUUUGCUGGCAGCUCUGUGUCCUUUAACUGUGACCCUGGCUAUACCCUGCGAGGCAGCAGGGUGCUGGUCUGCCUGACUGGGGAGCGGAGAGCUUGGGAUCAGCCCCUGCCAACUUGCGUAGCUGAGUGUGGGGGUACUAUCAAAGGAGAGUCAUCAGGACGGAUACUGUCUCCCGGCUACCCGACGCCCUACGAUCAUAAUCUUAAUUGUAUUUGGACAAUCGAGGCAGAAGCUGGUUGCACGAUAGGGCUCCAUUUCAUGGUUUUCCACACUGAGGAGUUCCACGACGUGCUGAGGAUAUGGGACGGUCCAGUGGAGAACGGGAUCCUCUUAAAGGAGAUAAGCGGGUCUGGCUUACCUGGUGAUGUCCACAGUACUUUCAAUUCUGUCAUUCUUCAGUUCAACACUGAUUUCUUCACAAGCAAGCAGGGCUUUGCUGUUCAGUUUUCAGUUUCUACUGCCACUUCCUGCAAUGACCCAGGGAUUCCCCAGAACGGGAGCCGGAGUGGUGACAGCAAAGAGGCGGGUGACUCCAUUGUCUUCCAGUGUAAUCCGGGAUACGCUCUGCAAGGGGAGGCCAAGAUCACUUGCGUGCAGAUUGAGAACAGAUUUUUCUGGCAACCAGACCCUCCCUCCUGCAUAGCUCCCUGCGGAGGCAUCUUGACAGGACCGUCUGGAGUCAUCCUGUCCCCUCAGUACCCAGAGCCCUACCCGCCGGGGAAGGAGUGCGACUGGAAGCUGACCGUCUCGCCGGACUACGUCAUUGCGCUGGUGUUCAAUACCUUUAAUUUGGAGCCUGGGUAUGAUUUCCUUCACAUCUAUGAUGGACCUGAUUCACUCAGCCCCCUCAUUGGAAGCUUUUAUGGUUCCCAGCUGCCCGAGAGGAUAGAGAGCAGCAGUAACAGCCUCUUCCUCGCUUUCCGAAGCGAUGCCUCCGUGAGCAACACUGGAUUUGUAAUCGACUACACAGAGAAUCCCAGGGAGUCGUGCUUCGAUCCCGGCUCUAUUAAGAACGGUACGCGAGUGGGGACGGAUCUGAAGCUGGGAUCGACGAUCACCUACUACUGUGACGGAGGGUACGACAUUGAGGGGGCCUCCACCCUGACGUGCGUGAUGGGAGGCGAUGGGAAGCCCACCUGGAACAAACCUCGACCUACCUGCACAGCACCCUGCGGCGGUCAGUACACGGGCUCGGAUGGCGUAGUUCUCUCUCCAAAUUAUCCCCAGAAUUACACCAGCGGACAAGUCUGCUUGUACUUCAUUGUUGUGCCGAAGGACUACGUGGUCUUCGGGCAGUUCGCCUUCUUCCAGACCGCGCUGAACGACGUCAUUGAAGUUCACGAUGGCCCCAACCAGCACUCGCGGCUCCUCAGCUCGCUCUCGGGCUCGCAUACAGGUGAAUCGUUACCAUUAGCUACCACCAACCAGAUCCUUAUCAAAUUUAGUUCCAAGGGUCAAUCUACAGCCAAAGGUUUUCAUUUUGUCUACCAAGCGGUUCCUCGGACCAGCGCCACGCAGUGCAGCUCGGUGCCGGAGCCGCGCUACGGCCGGCGGCUGGGCAGCGACUUCUCGGUGGGCGCCGUGGUGCGGUUCGAGUGCAGCGCGGGCUACGCGCUGCAGGGCUCGCGCAGCAUCGAGUGCCUCACCAUGCCGGGAGCCCUGGCGCAGUGGAACGUCUCGGUCCCCACCUGCGUCGUGCCCUGUGGUGGAAAUUUGACUGAACGCAAAGGUACCAUCCUCUCCCCUGGCUUCCCCGAGCCUUACCUGAAUAGUCUCAACUGCGUGUGGAAGAUAACGGUCCCCGAAGGAGCCGGCAUACAGAUUCAGGUGAUCAGCUUCGUUACUGAGCAGAACUGGGAUUCCCUGGAGGUGUUUGAUGGAGGAGAUAACACCGCCACCAUGCUGGGAAGUUUCUCUGGAACUACAGUGCCUGCGUUGCUGAACAGCACUUCAAACCAGCUCUAUCUGCAUUUCUAUUCGGAUAUCAGCGUCUCUGCUGCAGGCUUUCACCUGGAAUACAAAACUGUUGGCCUGUCCAGCUGCCCAGAGCCCCCCGUUCCUGGGAAUGGCCUGAAGAUUGGAGAGCGGUAUUUAGUGAAUGAUGUUGUCUCUUUCCAGUGUGAACCAGGCUACGCACUUCAGGGGCACUCUCACAUCUCCUGCAUGCCGGGGACUGUCCGCCGCUGGAAUUACCCACCGCCGCUUUGCAUCGCCCAGUGUGGAGGAACAGCAGAAGAGAUGGAGGGAGUACUCCUGAGCCCUGGCUUCCCAGGAAACUAUCCGAGCAACCUGGACUGCACAUGGAGGAUAUUGCUGCCAGUGGGGUUUGGUGCUCACAUCCAAUUCCUGAACUUCUCCACUGAGCCGAACCAUGACUUUGUCGAAAUCCGCAACGGUCCGUAUGACACUAGUAACGUCAUUGGGCGGUUCAGCGGCACAGAGAUCCCAGGCUCCCUCUUGUCAACGUCUCAUGAAACCACCGUGUACUUCCACAGCGACCACUCUCAGAACAAGCCAGGCUUUAAGCUGGAAUACCAAGCCUAUGAGCUACAGGAAUGCCCUGACCCUGAACCUUUCGCGAAUGGUGUCGUAAGAGGAGCCGGUUACAACGUGGGCCAGUCCAUCUCUUUCGAGUGUCUUCCUGGAUACCAACUGAUUGGUCACCCUGUCCUCACGUGUCAGCAUGGCACCAACAGGAACUGGGACCACCCCUUGCCCAGGUGUGAAGUGCCCUGUGGAGGGAACGUCACCACCCAGAAUGGUACAGUUUACUCUCCUGGCUUCCCCAACCAGUAUCCCAAUUCCCAGGACUGCACUUGGCUCCUUACAGUGCCGGUGGGAUAUGGGAUCCAUCUCAACUUCACUCUGCUGCAAACAGAGCCCUACAACGAUUUCAUCACUAUUUGGGAUGGUCCACAGCAAACAGCCCCACAGCUUGGUGUGUUCACUGGCAACUCUGCGAAGAAAUCAGCCCAAAGCUCUUCCAAUCAGGUCCUGAUGAAAUUCCACAGUGAUGCAGCCAAUGGAGGGAUUUUUGCCAUUUAUUUCUAUGCCUAUCAGCUCUUCAGAUGUCAGCCCCCAACCGUUGUGCCCAACGCUGAAAUCGUCACGGAGAACGAAGAAUUUAGCAUAGGUGAUGUUGUGAGGUACAAAUGCCUUCCUGGCUUCACCCUGAUUGGAAGUGAAAUCCUGACCUGCAAGCUAGGCACUCAUCUCCAGUUUGAAGGUCCUCCACCCACUUGCGAAGUGCACUGCCCAAUGAAUGAGGUGAUGACAGACUCCACCGGUGUGAUCCUCAGCCAGAGCUUCCUGGGAAGUUACCCUCACUUUCAGACCUGUUCAUGGGUGGUGAAAGUAGAGCCUGGGUAUAACAUCUCCCUCACCAUCGAGUACUUCCUGAGUGAGAAGCAAUAUGAUGAGUUUGAAAUCUUUGAUGGUCCCUCUGGCCAGAGUCCACUGCUGUUGUCGCUGAGUGGGAACUACUCUGCUCCUCUGACUGUUACCAGCAGUGGGAACAAAGUCUAUCUCCGUUGGUCAUCUGAUCAUGCGUACAACAGAAAAGGCUUCAAAAUCCGCUACUUUGCUCCUUACUGCAGCCUCCCACAACCCCCAGCAUAUGGACUGAUUCUCAGCCAUACUGGUCUGCACCCAGGGAGCACAGUCCGAUUUGGCUGUGACACAGGCUACCGUCUCGUUGGCCACAGCGUUGCCACCUGCUCUCAGCACCCCCAAGGCUACUUCCACUGGAACGAAGCGAUCCCGCUGUGCCAAGCUGUUUCCUGUGGAGUUCCCAGAGCGCCGAAGAACGGUGUCGUCUUUGGCAAGGAGUACACGGUGGGCACCAAGGCCGUGUACCACUGCAACCAGGGCUUCCACCUGCAGCCGGGCGAGGAGCCCACCGCCGAGUGCCUGCCCACAGGGCACUGGAGCAACGGCAACGAGCCCCCGCACUGCACCGCUGUCACCUGUCCCGAUAUCAACAGCAUCGCAGUCGAGCACGGUCGGUGGCGGCUGACCUACGAGAUCCAGUACCACUACAACGCCCAGCUCAUGCUCAUCUGUGACCCCGGGUACUACUACACAGGCCAGCGGGUCAUCAGGUGCCAGGCCAGCGGCAAGUGGAGCAUUGGCGAACCGAUGCCGACCUGCAAAAUUAUCUCUUGCGGAGACCUGCCAACUCCACCUAAUGGGAACAAGAUUGGCACAUUGACCAGCUAUGGUGCUACAGCCAUCUUCUCGUGCAACACCGGCUACACCCUGGUAGGGUCCCGUGUGCGGGAGUGCAUGGCGAAUGGACUUUGGAGUGGAGCAGAGGUGAAAUGUCUGGCGGGGCACUGCGGUGUGCCCAGUCCCAUCGUCAACGGGAUGAUCAAUGGUGAGAACUACAACUACCGGGGCAGCGUGGUUUAUCAGUGUAACCCUGGCUUUCGCCUGAUCGGGAUGUCUGUGAGGAUCUGCCAGCAGGACCACCACUGGUCUGGAAAGACGCCUGUCUGUGUGCCCAUCACUUGCGGCCACCCCGGCAAUCCUGCCAAUGGCUUGACCCAAGGCAGUCAGUUCAAUCUGAACGACGUGGCCAAGUUUGUGUGCAACACGGGGUACCGCCUGGAAGGAGCCUCCCAGUCCCAGUGCUUGGCCAACGGACAGUGGAGCAGUUCGCUGCCCGCCUGCCGCGUUGUAAACUGUACUGACCCUGGGCACCUGGAAAACAGCAUCCGGCAAGUGCAGCCAAGUGGUCCUCACAGAUUCAGCUUUGGAACAACUGUCUCAUAUCAGUGCAGCCACGGAUAUUACUUACUGGGUACCCAUGUCCUUACCUGUCAGGGGGAUGGCACUUGGGACCGUGCCCUCCCACAGUGUCUUUUGGUGUCCUGCGGCCACCCCGGCUCGCCGCCCCACGCCCAGAUCUCGGGUGACAAGUACACCGUGGGCUCCGUGGUCCGGUACAGCUGCCUCGGGAAGCGGACGCUGAUCGGCAACUCUACCCGCAUGUGCCAGCUUGACGGGCGCUGGAGCGGCUCCCUCCCGCACUGCUCGGGAGGCAGCCAAGGCGUGUGUGGGGACCCGGGCAUCCCUUCUCACGGCAUUGGGCUGGGAGAUGAGUUUGAUGUAGACGGCAUGGUCCGGUUCAGCUGUGAGCCGGGUUACACGCUCCGAGGUUCAUCCGAGAGGACCUGCCAAGCCAACGGCUCCUGGAGCGGCACGCAACCAGAAUGCGAAGUUAUCUCCUGUGGAAACCCAGGAACCCCCAGCAAUGCGAGAGUCAUAUUUAACGACGGCUUGGUUUUCUCCAGUUCCAUCAUCUAUCAGUGCCGGGAAGGCUACUACUCCACGGGGGUGCUGAGCAGGCACUGCACUGUGAACGGGACGUGGACCGGGAGCACUCCGGAGUGCACAGUGAUCACCUGUGGUGACCCUGGUGUGCCAGCCAACGGCAUUAGGCUGGGCAGUGACUUCACCUACAACAAAACGGUGGUGUUCCAGUGCACGCCUGGGUACAUGAUGGAGUCGGACAGGGCCUCCUCUCUAGCUUGUACAAAAGACCGAACCUGGAAUGGCACCAAACCUGCCUGCAAGGCUAUCAUCUGUAAAUCCCCGCAAGCCAUACCCAACGGAAAAGUCGUGGGCUCAGACUUCAGCUGGGGUGCCAGCGUGAGCUACGCGUGUUUGGAAGGAUAUCAGCUCUCCCUGCCCGCCAUCCUCACCUGCGAAGGCAACGGGACUUGGAGUGGGGAAAUCCCACAGUGCUUUCCUGUGUUCUGUGGUGAUCCUGGGAUACCAGCUCAAGGCAGGAGGGAAGACAGAGGCUUCACAUACCGCUCUUCCGUCUCGUUCUCCUGCCUAGCCCCGCUAGUGCUGGUGGGAUCAGCCCGGAGGUACUGUCAGUCCGAUGGGAUGUGGAGUGGGACCCAGCCCAGCUGCAUAGACCCCAGCCUCACAACGUGCGCAGACCCUGGCGUGCCUCUCUUCGGGAUGCAGAACAACUCCCAGGGCUACCAGGUGGGAAGCAUAAUUCUUUUCAAGUGUCAGAAAGGAUACCUGCUCCAGGGAUCGACCACCAGGACCUGUCUCCCCAACCUGACGUGGAGCGGCAUGCAGCCGGACUGUGUCCCUCAUCACUGUAAACAGCCGGAGACCCCCUCCCAUGCCAACGUCGGUGCUCUGGAUCUGCCGUCUCUGGGCUACACCUUGAUCUAUUCCUGCCAGAGCGGCUUCUACCUCACGGGAGGCUCCGAGCAUCGAACCUGCAAGGCAGAUGGCAGCUGGACGGGGAAGCCACCCAUUUGCCUCGCGGAUGUCCGGCCCAGCGGGAGGCCCGUCGGCACUGCGCGGGACCCGCCGCUCGCCAAGGUGUCAGUGCCUGCAGAUGUGUUUGCAAGGAAUUCCCUUUGGAAAGGCUCCUAUGAGUACCUGGGGAAAAAGCAGCCUGCAAUGCUGUCUGUCACUAGCUUCGACCCUGCCACCGGUAAAGUCAAUGCCACGUUGAUAGACCACAGUGGAGUGGAGCUCCAGCUGUCUGGCUUUUACAAGAAAGAAGAUGUGCACCUGCUUCUCCAGGUUUAUCAGAUAACGGGGCCAGUGGAGAUCUUUGUCAACAAGUUCAAAAAUGAUAAAUGGGCUCUAGAUGGACACGUCUCAUCAGAAUCAUCAAGCGGCACGUUUGUGUACCAGGGCUUUGUGCGCGGCAAAGGGUUCGGGCAGUUUGGCCUUCAGAGACUUGACAUCAGCAUGAUUGAAAAUGAUCCGGAAUCAAUAGGACACCAUUUUGCUUCAAACAGCAGUUCUGUGGCAGCUGCCAUUCUUGUGCCUUUCAUCGCCCUGAUUAUUGCAGGGUUUGUGCUUUAUCUCUACAAACACAGGAGAAGACCAAAAGUCCCGUUCAAUGGCUACGCGGGCCACGAAAACACCAACGUCCGAGCAACGUUUGAAAACCCGAUGUAUGACCGAAACCUGCAGCCCACGGACAUCAUGGCCAACGAGACGGAGUUCACAGUCAGCACCGUGUGCACAGCUGUAUAGCACUCGUCCCCCCGCGCGACUCCUCCGGGGCGGGUAUCUAGUCGACCAUCGUGUUUCACUUCACCAAUCUCCGUCCCUUCUCUGCCCUCCCCGUCUCCCUCCUCCCGACCUCGCCGAGGCUCUGGAGAAGCUGCUGCACCGUGCUGGACUUCGCGUCGACUCGGAGAGACCGCGGGGCGUCCCGCGUCGCCCCGGCCCGCGACGGGGCUGCUCCGGCCCCGCUGCUCCUGCCCAGCCUGCCGGCAGCUCGCGGCCCCAUGCCGAGACCUCGCGCGCGGCCUGGGGGGACCGGGGAAUCGGGCGAGACGAAGGCUCUCACAGCCCGCGCUCUGCGGGGAAGCGUGGCCGUUCUCGGGAGGGAACAGCCGGGUCCGUGUGCGCAACCAGCUGCUUUCGGGAAGAGCUCGUACGACAGAGGCGAAGGCAGGUUGCGCUGCACAAGGUGCCGAUCGGGUUAAUUGAAAAUAGCAGUUCUGGAGCGGGAUGAGUAGCUUCUGUGUCGUGUUUGGUUUUGUGGGUUGUUUCUUUGUCGCUUUGCCUAACACAGGGUUUUUACAGAGGAAGGAUUUUCAGAUGGGACCUUUCCUGCAAGAGAAGCAAAACUUUUCAAGUUUUUCUCCUCUUCCCCGUAUUUAACUUUCCUCUGUAGAUUCUCGUUGGGUUUCUUCUGCCCCGUGUUCAUUUUAAUGUUGUUUCUUUGGAAACUGAGGCCGCUUUCAGGGCCGAUAAGGAGACCUCUCCCCAUCCCCGGCCCUCUCCGUACAGCUCUCAGUGUGAACUGCCCCCCGACGCCCCAGCGAGGAAAGUGCCGACGGACACGAAGGCACAAAAACCUCUUUAAAAAUAACUCUAACAAAUACUGAUUUUCCCCCAAAAGCAUUCAAAAGCCUUUGCCCUUUCCACAUUGAUCCUCCAAAUGGCAAUGCAAUAAGAGUUUUAAUUUCUAUCCAGAGCUGUUUGCUUUAUUUCCCUGGGGCAGAAAGGUUGGCUUGGCUUUCGCGAGCACAGAUAAGGCAGCUUGACAUUUCUCCUUCCUUACAAAAGACGGACGCUUUUGUGACGGCACUGCCCUCCUCUCAUAAAGAGGAGAGAAGCUCUUGUUGGUUUAGGAUUUUAGUCUGUUUGGUUUGGGUCGCUCUUUUGUAGGCCAGGCUGGGAUCAAAGAAGGCAACAGUACCGUUUUGCCAAGCUGUAAGUCAAGCGCCUCUCCGAAGUGCAGCCGGCUCAGAGCAGCGUUAGAGCCAAUGAAGGAGCCCUUUGCUGUAGGAGACUCGAAGGGGAAACAAAAUUAAAAGACAUGGGGUGGUGUUUAUGUCCAUGCUUUCUUUUCAACACUAGCUUUCCCCCACCUAAUGUCAGCUGAGGUUUUGUCUAAUGAAAACCACACGGUAAUUCCUUUUCCCGUUUUGUUUUUGCUUUUACUUGUGCAUGUGUGUGCGUGCACGUGUGUGUAUAUAUAAAUAUAUAUAUUUUUUUUUACUUCUGUCUCUUACUCAGAGCUCUUAGAAUAAGCAGCGCUCUGCAGCCUCUUUGCUGAACUGCCAGCCUGCCAAAAAAUGCCGUCCCUGCUCCCCAAAGCACGCGGAGCCGUUGCGGUUUGUCGGGAGAAGUGGGUGCCGGUGCGCGUGCGAGCAGAGCCCCGGGGCAGUGUGCACGGCGCGUAGGGCCGGAUCCGGCCACGAAGGAGCGUGUCCUGCAGCAAGGUGCCCUCCCAGCUCGCGCCAAGUAACCUGGCAGGGCCGGGGCAGUUCUGCAGCUCUGGCUGGCAGCGGAGGUAGGUCCCUUCAGAGGGCAAAGGCAGGCUGGGGGCACCUGGCCCGCCUCAGCGGUCCCCCGAUGGCGUGCACGGACCCGGGACCGGGCUGGAGCCGGGGCCAGGGCUCGUCCCCCCUUGCCCAUCGUCUGCCGGGCGGCUGCGGCGGAGCCGGGGAGCUGCCUCCGCUUCGCACGGGCGGACCCGUGGUCCGGCUGCGCUCCCGGCUCCGCUGCCCCUGUCUGCACAUAGGUCUCUGGCUCCUGAUCCAGCUCUGCCCCCGGCCCACGCCGGACCCCCGCAGGUCCCCUCCCUAAAUUAGGCUGAUUGGUGCCCUUGGCUGGUCCCGCAGCCCCUUCUCCCUUUCUUUGUCGAGCGCAGGGCCGGGCUCGCCCGCGGAGCAGGUCCCGCAGGCAGGGCCCGGCUGCCGUCCCUCCUGCCCUGGCGCCGGUUACCGCAGCGUCCCGGCACUCCUUGUUUCGGUCCAAUAAACCCCUAACAGCCGGGAGCCUUCCCGCAGCGGCAGAGGCUGAAUCUCGCCAGGCUCCUGUCACCGAGCUGAAGGAAAAUCUCUCCCCGUAGCCGGCCGAGCCGCUGGCCCCCGGCGCAGGCAGCUCAUUGCGCUGCGUGCAGGGGUGACGUGCACGUGUCCACGCACACAUGUAACCACGCUCGACAAAAACAGGCCCUGCGUUUGCUUUUCAGACCUUUCUGAAUCCCACUCAGCCAGUGCAAUAGCCAGGAGAAGCAUGUGUCAAGGUGUAAAAAGCACCCGAGGUAUUUUAAGAGCGAGGCAGGGAGAAGGGAGGCUCUCCUUAAACAAGACUUGCUGCUUUCAGCCUGUUACCUACCAUUUUCCACUGUUGCCCAAACAAGAAAGGAAGCAGAGGGAGAGGGUUGUUCCAUUUUUUUGCAAGCUGGCUGGGACCUGAUACGUGACAUUCUCCAUUUUUGUGCCCAGCAGAUUUGCAUUAUGUUUAAAAAAAAAAAAAAAAAGAAAAAAGAAAAAAAGGCAAAACAAAAAAAAGAAAAAAGAAAAAAUCCCUCUUUUGUACAGAGAUAUAUUUUUAUGAAGCAAAAGUUUGUACAGUUAAAAAAAGACACAAUGUAAAUGUUUUUUUUCAUUAUUGUAGUAAACGGUAGUGGAAGAUCAGCUUUUUUUUGUAAAUGUAAUAAAAUGUAUAAAUAUGGUUUACAUAAAAGUGUAAAUAUGUAAUCUAUACAUACACUUGGCUUGUCUGCAAUAUAUACAGUUUAAUUUAUCUGUCUCUGUAUAUGAGGCUUUUCAUUGUGUCCAGGCAUACUUUACUGAAUUUGAAAGCUAUUUUAAAUUUUUGAAUUAAAAUAAAAUAUAAAUUUUUGCAUUGCUUUUCUUA